GGACUCAUGAGGGGUAGAAACACAGGGGCUCAGGAGGGGCAGAAACACAGAGACUCAGGUUGGGCUCACUGUGUCCCUGUCUCUGCAGAUGAACACAGGGGACACGCAGGACACUGAGGGGGACACACCAGGUGACCUGAGCCCAUUUGACACUAAGGAGCAGAUACCCCCCACCAGCAAGGAAGCUGAGCCCUCCCUGGAAGCAUCCCUGCUGGGUGCCCAGGACAAUAUGGGAGCCCCUGAGGUCCAGGGAAGGCGGCAGCCCCCUCUGAAGGCCACAUGCAGGAACAAGGGCAGAGUCAUCUGGGACCCGGGAUCCUGCACUCACAGUGACUGGUCACCUCCCUUGGAGGACAGGCGUCAGGAGAGGCCAGGUCAAAAGGAGCCUGAAAAGGAGCUGCAGAGCAGGCAGCAGAUGACCUCAGGGGACAAGGAGGAUGCAGAGGGGGGCAUACCACGUGGCCUGUGCCCUUGUGAAACCAUCAGGAAAAUACCCCCCAUCACCAUGGAUGCUGAGCACCACCCCUUCAAGGCCAGUAUGGCCCUGCUGGGUCCCCAGGAUGAGACACUCAAGGCCCAGAGAACGUGGCAGCCCACCACCAAGUCCCCACACGGGAACAAGGGCAGAGUCACUUGGUUCCAGGCAGAGGAGCUUCUGAGGCUGGCCCAGGACACCCAGUGCCCCAGCACUCCACUCCACAACAUUCAGCUGGCUCUGCUCAGGGAGUGCCCCCCUGCUCCUGAGCUGCCAAUUCUGGCUGUGGCCCCAGAGCCACCCCCCAUGGAAGUUGCCCCCCCAUCUGAAGAGGUCUGCUGCCUGUGGUUCAUUCAAAUUCUACUUUACCUCUUGUGGAACUUGGUGUUCUCUUAAUGCGGUCUGAAUAAAGUGUUGUUCUAUGGAUCC